GCUGGUCUUUGCGAACAAACUACUCGUUUAACGAGAAUUAAAAACGCGGCGAAAGCUUCUCAGGGAGCAUCCAAUACAAUGGUAGCGAAUGCGCCAACUACCACUCCAAAAUUUAAUAAGCAAAAUUUGCGUUCUUCCAUUCUCUAGACGCUUCAGGAUGUCUUCUCAAAAACGAAUUGCUACUCAUAGUGGAAAAUUUCACGCUGAUGAAUCCCUCGCAGUCUAUAUGCUGCGUUGUCUGGAGGAAUACCGUGAUGCAAAAGUAAUUCGUACUCGUGACCUCGAGCUCAUUGAUUCCUGUGACAUUGCCGUAGACGUUGGCGGAAAGUUCGACGGUGUGAAGUAUUUUGACCAUCACCAGCGUGAAUUCAAUGAUACUUUCUCUCCCGACUAUAAAACCAAACUUUCCAGUGCUGGUCUUGUGUACAAGUAUUUCGGUAAGCGUGUUAUUACCUCCAUCUUGCCUAGCGCUCCCAUUACGGAAAGCCAAUUGGACUUGCUUCAUGUAAAGAUUUACCGCGAGUUCAUCGAAGGCCUUGACGCUGAUGACAAUGGUAUUUCUCCAUACCCUGCCGAGCUGAAGCCUGCCUUCCGCUCCUCUUUAAGUCUCCCCGGUAUGGUUUCCAUGCUUUUUCCUGAGUGGAAUUCCGACAAGCAGGAUGACGAUGCUAUUUAUGAGCAAUUCAUGAAGGCUAGUCGGAUGAUGGGUCAUUGGUUCGAGGCAGCUGUCAAAUACUAUACUCUUUCUUGGCUUCCCGCAAAGUCAAUCGUGGAGUCCGCUGUUAACGAAGCUGGUUCGUCUCCGAUCAUUGUUUUCCAAAAGAGCUGUCCUUGGAAGAGUCACUUGUUCGAAAUUGAGGAGGAGAAGAAUAUCGUCGGCCAGUUCAAAUACGCACUCUACAGUGAUGGCAAAAAUUGGCGUAUCCAAGCUGUCAGCAUUUCGCCCGAUUCUUUCGUUUCCCGCUUGCCUCUGCCCGAGCCCUGGCGUGGUGUCCGUGACGAUGCCCUGUCCAAACUGACCGGUAUUCCUGGAUGCAUUUUCGUUCAUGCUUCCGGCUUCAUUGGUGGUAACGCAACCUACGAAGGUGUCUUGGAAAUGGCAAAGAAAGCUCUGAAUUUUCAAUAAAUUAUUGGCAUACUCAAAAAAGGGUUCUGGUGAAUGACGAAAUGAUCACAGAUAUAUCUACUCAUUUGUAUUUGUCUAGUAUGGUCGAAGCUCUUUCAAUACCUGAUACACCGCUGGUGGAACGAGCGAUUUGACAAGUUCAUCAUUUUUUUCCUUAAUGGCCUUUCGAACAGCUGUACUACUGACUCCUUCUCCUCCGUUUCGCAACGUUGCAAAUGUAAUCCGGCUGGCCCACUGUGCUGGGAUACCUUUCAUAUCGCCCUUGGCGAUACUCCUCAUGUAUUCCUCCUGUUCGGAAAGACCUGAUGAUACGUCGGGCCUAGCAACGCACAUCACUUUCGUACUGGCGAAAAAGUGUCCGAGUGCUUGUUCAAUGCCUUGCGGCUCAUAGUACUUUGGAUCCAGGAGUCUGACUAGCGUGUCAAAUCCGAGCAAGUAUGAUUGUGACGCUGUAUGAAGCGAAUUAUGGAUGGCUUCUGCUUUAUCGGCAAACAAAGCGUGUUUACAUAAUCCAAUAAUUGGUCUUGCCUCUUGUAGGUCCAGUGCCAUUGCUUCCAUCAUAACUAAACGUUCGGCAAAAGAUGCUGGAACCGCUUUUUUGUCCGCAUUUUUGACACUUAACAAAAGAAGUAAUUGAGCAUCUUUUGGUACCAGUUUGCACAUGGACAAGUGUGCAUUUUGAGGGGGGUUGAAAGAACUGUCCAGAACUGUUCAAGUAUUUAAGUUAGCUACAAGGGAAAUGACAAACUAAACGGUAGUCUCUCAGUAAUUUUGAUCGUUAUGUUGCAUACUGUAAAUCUUAUCUACUUGCGGCUCA